AUAACAAUUCACCAGAUGUUUCUAGAAUCCCUAGAGAAAUACACGUCUCUCAAUGCAUUAGCCAGCAAAAAGGAGGGGAAAUGGGAAAAAAUUACUUUUUCGGAGUAUUACCGCCUUUCUCGGAAAGCAGCCAAGAGUUUCCUGAAGCUCGGCCUUGAACGAUUCCACAGUGUUGCAAUUCUGGGUUUUAAUUCUGCCGAGUGGUUCAUUUCGGCUGUAGGAGCUGUAUUUGCUGGCGGCAUUGUGUCUGGGAUCUACACCACCAGUUCUCCAGAGGCUUGUCAAUACAUUGCUCAUGACUGCAGAGCUAAUAUUGUGGUGGUGGAAAACCAGAAGCAGCUGGACAAGAUAACGCAGAUCUGGGAUCGUUUACCGUACUUAAAAGCUGUGGUGAUGUAUAAAGAUCCUGUGUCUGAGAAACACCCCAAUUUGUAUACGAUGGAGGAAUUCAUGGAGUUGGGAAAUGAAAUUCUUGAUGGACAACUUGACGCAAUCAUCAACUCCCAAGAGGCAAACCAAUGUUGUGUCCUGAUCUACACCUCUGGAACGACAGGCGAGCCCAAAGGGGUCAUGCUGAGCCAAGACAAUAUUACCUGGACCUCUGCCCACGCCAGCCGAGCAGGAGACGUACAACCUGCCGAAAUCCAACAGGAAAAGAUCGUCAGUUACCUGCCACUGAGCCACAUUGCCGGUCAGAUGUAUGACCUCUGGACUGGGAUCAAGUGGGGUGAAGAAGUUUAUUUCGCACAACCGGAUGCGUUGAAGGGAGGCUUGGUUGAGGUCCUCAGGGAAGCACUGCCCACCUCGCAAAUGGGAGUACCCCGUGUGUGGGAGAAGAUGAUGGAGAAGAUCAAAGAGGCUUCUUCUCAGACCGGUUUGCUGAAGAGGAAGAUGCUCUCCUGGGCCAUGUCUGCCACUUUGGAACAAAACCUGAGCUGCUCAAAUAGGGACUCAAAGCCCUUCUGGAUGGGGUUGGUGGACUCUUUGCUCCUGUCGAAGAUCCGGGGGGCCCUGGGCCUUUCCCAGUGCCAGAAGCAUUUCUCCGGAGCUGCCCCUCUCCCUGUGGAAGUCUCCCACUUCUUCCUUGGCCUGAACAUCCCCAUUUAUGAAGGUUAUGGGAUGAGCGAAACCUCCGGUCCCUUUUGCAUAUCCGGCCCACACGUAUAUCGACUCCACAGCUGUGGUAAGGUUGUCCCAGGCUGCCAUGUUAAGAUAGUAAACGAAGACAAGGACGGCCACGGGGAGAUUUGCUUUUGGGGACGGAAUGUCUUCAUGGGCUAUUUGAACAUGGAAGACAAGACCAAGGAGGUGAUUGACCAGGAUGGCUGGCUGCACUCUGGAGAUCUUGGAAAGAUGGACCAGGAUGGAUUUGUUUACGUCACUGGAAGAAUUAAAGAGCUGAUUAUUACCGCUGGGGGUGAAAAUAUCCCCCCAAUCCCCUUGGAAGAAGCUGUCAGGAAGGAGCUGCCGCUUAUUAGCAACGCUGUGUUGAUUGGCGACCGGAAGAAGUUCUUGUCUAUGCUGUUGACCUUAAAGUGCUCAGUGGAUCCUGAUACAUCGGAACCCACCGACUUCCUGACCCAGGAAGCCAGAGACUUUUGCCAAAAAGCCGGCAGCAAAGCCACCCGGGUGUCCGAGAUUGUGCAGAGCAGGGACCGCGCCGUUUACCGGGCUGUGCAAGAGGGCAUCGAACGCGUCAAUGGGCGCUCCACCAGUAACCCUCAGCGCAUUCAGAAGUGGGCGAUUUUAGGAAAAGAUUUCUCCAUUUCCGGGGGAGAAUUUGGUCCAUCGAUGAAAUUAAAGCGGCAAACGGUGGCCGAGAAGUACCAAAAUGAAAUCGAAGCUUUUUACAAGGAUUGAAGCCGAGUCGCCUAAGCUCCGUCAGGAGAAGAAAUCCUGCCAGCUUCUUUUGUAGAGCAUUAACU